AUGAAAGCUAUUUGUGGUUCUUCUAGUUUAGAAUCAAGUAUGAAUAUCUAUGGGAAGCUAGCUAAUUAAUUCUACAAAGAGAAUAGCACAAACUAUGGAGAAAACCGCUUUUUAGUAACCUAAAAUAUUUUAGAUCUUGAUAAAUUAAAUAUAAAAGCUCAAAACUCUAUUGUGUGGCUUUAAAAAUUAAAUAAUGAAAUGAUAUCAAUUACCAUAGAUAAUGGCUAAUUAAAAUUUGGCUAUCCUAACUCCUUACAGACGAUUACAUGUAAGGGUUCGUUGGCGUAAGGAUCACCAACAGUAAUGGCAGUUGGGUGUGGAAAGAACUUAAUACUCUAUUAUAUCCAAAUUGAUACUCAAUAAGGAAAUAUUAGUGUUUAAGAAGAAAUUUCACUUCCUUAAAAUUUUACAAUAAAACAAGUAUUAUAAUUAGAGCCUUUCGAAAAUAUGCAAAUGAUAUUGAUAGAUUCAAAUAAAAAUAUUAUUUUUACUACAAUAAAACCAAACAAAACUGUGAUUACUGGAAUUUCUGUUAUUGAUUAUUCAAGUUUUACUUAUUUCGAUUCAUUCGCUUAAGUUUUUUUAGCAGCUAAUCAAAAUAAAAUACAAGCUUACUUUGCUGAUUCAAAAAAAUAUGUAAACUUUAAUUUAAGUGAUAGUACUUUAUAAAUAAUUAACUUUACUGUCUUUGAAGGAGAUUAAUCAGUAUUUCUCGCAUAUUUGGAUUAACAAAAUGUUUAAUUUGCAGAAUAUUAGUUAACAAAUAAACUUGCAUGGAGACAAUGUUCAAGUCCUAAUUGUGCAAUAUGCUAAUAAGAUAACUAAAAUUUAUGUUAACUAUGCACUAAAGAUUUAUUUCGCUCAAUUUAGUCCGAUUUGUGCUAAUGCAUUCCUCAGUAUUUUAACAGUCCUACUUUUUCUUAAUGUUAAUAAUGCUCAAAAUUAUGUGCUACCUGCGCAGAUACAGCUGAAAACUGUACAUCUUGCUCAUAAUAAAGCUUCAGAUAACUCUCUGGUACAAAAUGCGUUUGCUUAUAAGGAUAUUAAGAAAAUGAUCAACUCGAGUGUGUGGGGUUAUGUGAUUAAACUAAGAAUUUAAUUUUUAUUAAUAAUUAAUGUUAAUGUAAAGAUGGAUAUUAUAUGGAUGCGGAUGGUAACUGCUAAUAAUGUGAUAUUAGUUGCAAAACAUGCUAAAAUUAAGCUAAUUAGUGUACCUCAUGUAAAGAUGGUAUUAACAGAAUAUUUAGCUCAUCAAUAAAAUAAUGUCUUUGUAUAGCAUAAUAUUUUAGCCUCCCAAACCAAGAAAAAUGCUAAUUAUGUGAUCCUAAUGAAAAUAAAAUGCUAAUGCUUGGAAAUUGUAUAUGCAUAGAUGGAUACUAUAUGAGUAAUGAUAGCUGUAUUAAAUGUCCAUUUGGUUGUACACAAUGUGAAAAUUAAGAUCAUUGUUAUAAUUGUGAUUCGAACUAGAAUGUGAUAAUACAAGAUACAAAAUGUGUUUGUAAAUUAGGUUAUUCAUUACAAAAUGGAAAAUGUGAAGCAUGUCCAAUUUAUUGCCAAGAUUGUUUAAACUCUUAGUGUACAAAAUGUUUACCGAAUCUUAAUAGGUAAUUAGUUAAUAAUAAGUGUGUUUGCCAAUCAGGAUAUUUUGAAAAUUCUAUGUAAUAGUGCAUUCUCUGUGAUGAAACAAAAAACUUCAUAUUGAUAAAUGAAGUCUGUUAAUGCAAAGAUGGGUAUUACGCUGAUCUUAAUAACAACUGUCAACCAUGUUCUGCAAACUGUCAAACUUGCUAAGAUAAUUAAAAAAAAUGUACUAAAUGCGAAGAUGGGUUAAACAGAGUUUUUAACCCAGCUACAUAUACUUGUGAUUGUAAAAGUUAAUAUUUUAGCCUAACAAAUGAAGGAAUAUGCUAGCUAUGUGAUCCAACUUAAUAAAAAAUAUUAAUAAACAAUUAAUGUAUUUGUUAAGACAGAUAUUACAUAGAUAACUAAACACAGUUAUGCCAGCAAUGUCCCACUGGAUGUCUUUAAUGUAAAAAUAAAGAUACAUGCAUAUUAUGCGAUUAAACUUAAAAUAGAGAAAGCUACAAAUAAAUAUGUGUUUGCAUGAAAGGAUUUUAUGAAAAAGAUAAAUAAUGUGUUUAAUGUAAUGACUAAAUAGCAGAAUGUCAUGCUAGUAAAUAGUGUAAUCAAAUUGCAAAUAGAAGAUUAGUACAUAAUGAGUGUAUUUGCAUUGAAUAAUACUUUACAGAUUUUAAUAAUAAGACUGGUGAAUGUCUGCCCUGCAACUAAUAAUAUAAUAGAGUGUUUUAAAAUGGUUAAUGCUAAUGUAUUUAAGGUUAUUAAGAAAUCCAUCAAAAUUCAUGCUAAUAAAUGAAAUUAAACUAUUUCUAACUUAUUUCAAGUAGCAGUAAUCAGCUAAAAAUUAAUUUCGAAGAUAGUUUAGAAAGUGGGAUAAUUAUUUAAGAUUGUAUUUAAAUUACGAUUGAUAGGCUAUCAGAUGAGGCUUGGACUAUUCAACAUCCUCUUUCUUAAUUUGAUAUAUAGUUUUAAAUUAUCAGUAGUACUUAAAUAGACAUUAAUAUAAAUCCUAAUGUAGGUAUUGAAUAAGAUUGUAAUGUUAGUAUAGACUUAAGCAAUUGUAAUAUUCCUAAUCUAAAAAGCUACUCAAACUGCUAAGAAGUACAGCUAAAAGCUAAUUUAAAAGGAAAUGACAAAAUAGCCACAUAAGUGAUCACUUCAAUCACUGAAACAGGUUCAAAAAUCGCAGUAUCUUCAAUACUUCCUCUUUUCAUAAGCGGAAAUUUCCAAUUUUUAGCUUCACUUUUGGAUAUAUGCCAAUUAAUAUAUGCUAUGAUAUUCAUUAAUAUAGAAUUGCCAUUAAAUCUUUUACUAUUCUAUGAUGCCAUUCGAGAAUUUAAUAUUCCUUUUACAAAUUUUUUUGAUAAAAUGGAACAUUUUGAUGAGAUUCAUAACGACUCUCCAAAAAAAUUUAGUGAGGAAGACAGAUAAGGGUUUUAUUUAGCUAAUUUUGGUGAUAACUUAUCUCUUUUGAUUUUGAUAAUACUUGUAGACCUUUUGAUGAAUUUAUUUUCAAGAUUUUUGCCAAUUCAAAGAUUAAGAAAAUUAAUAAAAACAGCUAGAACUAAGCUUUUUAAUGCUAAAUUUUAUUUGGAUAUCCUUUGGGGAUUAUACAUAGAGCUGUGUAUAGCUGUAUUUCUUCAAAUUCAGUCAAUUAAAUAGGCUGAUUACUUUUUAGAAGGAUUAAGCUACUUAUUCACUUUUUUUUCCAUAGUAUUUAUAGUUUUCCCUUAUUAUAUUUGUUAUUAGAUCAAGAUAGGGAAACAUAAUUAUUUCACAGAAAUACUAACUGAAAAUUUAAAUUUUCAAUAUUAUAAUAUAUUCUUGUAUCUGAGAAAAGUUUUUUUGAUACUAGUAGUUACAGUUUUAUACAAUUAUCCACUAACACAGAUAGUGCUUUUUAUGGUAUGGAGCUUAAUACAGUUAGUUAUAACUGUAAAAUUUAAACCUUACAAAUCUAAACUUGAUAAUUAUAAACAUAUGAUUUAGACAUUAUUUUUCUUUUCUUCAACGAUGCUAAUUACUAUAUUAUUUAAGAGCUAUGAAAAGAGUACUGAGGAUAGUAGAAUAAAUUUAUGUUGGUUCAUUAUUGCAAAUCUUCUUAUUAUAAUUUUAGCUGAUUUUAUGUCAUUUGUUCAUGAGUCGUGUACAGCGUUACUUAUGUAUUUCACAAAAAUCAGAGCUAAAAUUAAAGAGUUUAAAAGCAAAAGAAACAAAGUAGUUCCUAAUGACAUUUUAAUAGAUAUGGAAAAAAUAAAAUAAUAUUCUUAAUCAUCUUAAUAAGAUUAAAUUAAAAGUAUGAGUGUAAUAGAUUAAUAAAAACUGUAGAAUAUAAUAUCUAAAAAAAUAUUAAAUUUCUAAGAAAUAUCAAUUAACAAUUAGCCUAAUAGUAUUUAGCUUUUGUAAGAAAAAGUACAAGAUUUCUAAGAUAUAGAAACUAAUAGGAUAGAUAUAGUUGCUUAAUCUAAAGUAUAUAGCAAUUAAGAUUUGGUUUCUAUGCAAUAAACCAACUGCACUAAAAGCAUUUACUAAAAUGAUAAUAUGAGCGUUAAUUAAAAUUCUAAUAGGCUCAAUUAAAUUUCUUCACGGAAUGAUUUAUCAAGCCCUUAAGUUCCAAUUAAAUAAGGUAGCUAAAAUGGCAUGUUUGGUAAUUUUGAAAUGAAAAAUAAUGAGAUAACGAACAUCAUAAGAAUAUAAAGGAAAAAAUAAUCUAAAUAUAGCAACAAAAAACAGUCACAAUUAACUGCUGCAUCUGAUAAAUAUGAUAAAUAUGCCAUAAGUAAUAAUAUCAGUAAUUCUAAUUUGUUUGAUUCUCAUUAAUAAAAGGAAUAACAAUCUUCAAAGGAAAUUAAUAAAAAGCCUUCUUCUUAAAAUUCUUAAAAGAAGAAAAAACUGCCUAAAGCAAAUAAAAAAUGA